GCUCUUGAACGCAGCAGCAGGUCUGUUACCACGGCAACGGCUGACAACAGAGGAAGAUGGUUUACAUAACAGAGGAGCUGUUGCGUCGUCGGGCCGAGCACAAUGAGUGUGAGAUCUUCUCCCUGGAGGAGGUCUCUCUGCACCAACAGGACCUGGAGAGGAUCGAGCACAUCGACAGGUGGUGCAGAGAGCUGAAGAUCCUCUACCUGCAGAACAACCUCAUCCCCCGCAUAGAGAACGUGGGUCGCCUGAAGAAGCUGGAGUAUUUGAAUCUGGCCUUGAACAACAUUGAAGUCAUUGAAAACCUUGAAGGCUGUGAGAGCCUCCAGAAGUUGGACCUGACUGUGAACUUUGUCGGCCGUCUGAGCAGCGUAGAGUCUCUGAGACUGAACACCGAGCUCACGGAGCUGUUCCUGGUGGGGAACCCGUGCACCGAGUUCGAGGGCUACCGGCAGUAUGUGGUCGCCUCUCUGCCCCAGCUCAAGUGGCUGGACGGGUCGGAGAUCAGCCGGUCGGAGAGGAUCCGAGCCUCUCAGGGACUGGAGGAGGUCAGGAGGCGAGUCCGGGAGCAGGAGGAGGAAUACCUGAGGAGGAGAGCCAGGGAGAAAGAGGAGGCAGCAGGAGAGGAGAAAGGAAGCGAGGGGAGGAAACCAGGCAGCGACUGGUACACUGACACCAACACAGCUCCGUUGGAAGAGGAGAAUAAGGAGAACCAGGAGGUGGAGGAGAACCAGGAGGUGAAGGAGGACACGGUGGCGAGCUCUGACCUGGAGGACGAGCGGCGUGAGAGGGAGUUCUGGAACACGCCGUGUUCGUUCAGCCCCGAGUCUCGUCUGGAGGCUCACCGCCACCUGGAGGAGAAGAAGAGGGCCAAAGAGAAGGAGAAAGAGAAGAAGCCGAAGGCCCCGAGGACGCUGAUCACGGCCGAUGGACGAGUCAUGAACGCCAACGAGCCGAGGCUGGAUUUUUCUCUGACCGAAGACGAAGAAAACAACACCAUUGUCUUAGACCUGGCAGUUUACAGACACAUGGACACCUCCCUGAUAGACGUGGACGUUCAGCCGACGUACGCCAGAGUCAGCGUCAAAGGAAAGAUAUUUCAGAUGGUUCUGCCGGCCGAAGUGAAGCCCGACAGCUCGACAGCUCAGAGGUCCCAAACCACCGGACACCUGGUCCUCACCAUGCCCAGGGCUGAAGGUGAAAUCAAAGUGACAAAGACCGUCCAACGUCCACCCAGAGUGCGUCGAACCAGCUCAUCUGAGGACAGUAAAAGAAGAAAUACUGUUCCUGAGAGGUUGGAGGUGGACCCCAGUAAACGCACAACCAUUGACCUCGCCAACAUCGUACCACAUCGGAGCACCAAAGAAGGUCCUCUGGAAACAUCCAGGGUGGCUCCACCUUCCACAGCAGGUCACAGCAGCUUCUCUGAAGGGUUUGUGGACGACCCUGAUGUCCCCCCACUCAUUUAAGACUAAGGAAGGACCCAACCAUUCUCUAAGUCUUGCUUAUGAAGUGAUGUGUCCUGUAACCUUUCCUGCCUAAGACUGGGAAGCUUUGGCUGCUUGUUUUAAACAUUAUUAACCUCUUCAGACCAACAAUCAGUCAGAACUGAGUGACAAUCAACCAAGUCACUAAUGGCUGUAGAACUAAUGAGAAGUAGAAAUACUAAAACCAAUGAGGUUUUUGUAAUUAAUUGGACCUUUGGAAAACUUUGUGUUUCCUGUCACGGUUCACUACCACAAUCAAUAAACCUGCAAUCCACUGA